CGCUGCUGAUGUGGAUCCGGAAGUUGUUGCCAUGGUUACCUGUGUGGAGGAGCACAUGAGAUGCAUGGGCUGGACUGGGAGGAGGAUGUCUGUAAGAUGGAGGACAGUGGGUUCCAGGCCCUAUGGCAGGUUGGUGCUGCCCACAGGAUGUGGGAACUGGGCUGAAGCCCACAAAAUACCCUAAUGAGUGGUGCAUUGGACCUGCCUCUUCCUUAUAUGAGGACUAGGACCUUAGAAGGCCUUAACCCUUGUCUCCACGCCUCUACGUCCAUCGAGGGGAGGGAAGCUUCAGGAAAUUUCAGAAGUGCCUUGGAUCCAAACCCUACUGUCUGUGGGUGAGUGAAUCUAGUAUGUAGUGAACCCAACUGGCCUGGUUGGUACCAUGAUCUUGGUUUCUCUCCAGGGACACACUUAUCCACACUCAACCCCUGGAAUUCUUCACCCUUGAUCCUAUAAGCCAGCAGAUGAGUGGACUUCAUGCUCUGGUUGUGGUGAGCGGCCCGGGAAAGGGUUCCGGGUUCUAGUUGGCCCAACGAGAGUAAGUCCCCAAGUAGUUCUCCUGGCUUCCAAGAUUCCCUCUGUCAAGGUGACAGUUUUGGGAACAUGGCAGCUUAUGGAGAUCUUAGGAACAAGGCCAGUAUACUACCCUUUGCUUAGAACAUAUGUAACUUGGUGCAAACCCCACUUCCUCCUUGGGCUCCAGCCUGUGUGUACAGCGCUUGGGCAUCAGCUCUGGUCAGCCAGAAAGAAGCGUCGUCUCCGUGGGGCAGCAGCCAUCCCUCCUGUCCUGUGGCAGCCCACUUACCAUGGAGGAUGCGGUACCAGACACGCCCGAACUCGCCCUCGUCUGCAUCUGUGGCUUUCAGCUGAAGGGGAAGAAACAGUGGAGUUAUUCCUAAGUCCCAAGGCUGGGAGGGAAGCUGUUUUUGCAGCCCCUCUCCAUCCCCAGGCAUAUGUGUGCAUCUCUUUUAUUAUCCACAAGGGUACCUAUGGUUUAUGCUGGCACCACGACCAUCCACCCCAUCCCCUUUUCAUGGGGAUACGGGGGAUUGCUGUGGGAUAUUUCAUCAUCACUCUCUGGCCCAGACUGGAAGAGGCCACUCCAUACCUCUAUGAUCCCCUGCCUGUGGGGCUUUUGACAUCUUAGGAACAUCACCGGGGUGACUGUGAAGCAGGGGCAUCACUGAAGAGCCUACCCUAACAUAGGUGACGACAUUUGAACGCUGCAUCCCUGGAGCCUGACCAACUUGCGGACAGUUCCACUGAAGAGUUUCCCUGUGAUCUCACCUGUACCAUGAGCACAGGGGGCCCCAGCUUCCCCAGCCCUCCAACCUUCCUCAUGACUCCGACCACUUCUGGGACCUACACCCCGGCUGCUGACCCUGUGCCGGUUCUCCUCGCCCUGGCCUGCAUUUUUCUGCUGUUGGCCUCUUGCCUGCUCUUCAUGAUGCUGUGUAAGCCCGCGGCGCUGGACCCUGGUCGUCAAGGGGCCCGGGAGUGCAUGCCGCAUCACCCGGGAAGCCCCAGUGAGCCCAGGCUCCGGCUCUGGAAGCGUCUGGGCUCGCUACGCCGUUCUCUGCACAGCUUCCGGCGAGGCAGGCCUGCUGUCCAGCAGUGUCCCCCGCCGCCGCUGCUGCCGCCGCCGCCGGGCCUUGAUGACCACCGAGGUGACUGUGACUUCACUGAAGCCACCAAGAUGUGAUACAGUGCUCAUCCCCGCACAGGUUCACCUAAGACCAUCCUAUCUCCGAUGGAGCCUGGCCUCACAGACUGUAGGGCAGUGAUACCCUGGACCCCAUAUUACCCCAGUAUUUCCCUGUGUGUCCAGCCCUUGUUCUUUCCCAGGAGACUCUGGCGGCCCCUGCUUCUGCUUACUAACAGACCCUUGGCUCAAAACA